UCAAUAAAAUAACGGUUUGAGCGCUGCUAUUUCACUGAGAGCCGCGUGAUUCCCGAAAUAAAUAAUCUGUUAUGUAUCGCCCCUUGGAGGCGAUAAUAUGCAAAAAGGAGAGUUAGUCCUCUUGCUAUGGGGUCUUUUGAUUCAUCAAAUAUUUUGUGGAGAGCCGAUAAAAAUCAUUCAACGGCCUGCAAAUGUCCUCACAGAUUUUUACGCAUAUCGGCACAUUUCAAUUUUACACUUCACAGUCCCCGAAAAUGUCGCUUCAGCAACAUUCAAAUUUGUCGUAAAGGAGGACAAGCUCAGUGGCCUCGGAAGUUGUUCGCCAAGGGAUGUUACCAUCCAUUUAAAAUACGGUAGUAUACCUUUCGUUCAACCAGAUGGUGCAAAAAUAGGGGCAAAAAUAUUAAAAGAAAGAAGACGUCAUUAUAGUUUGGAAAUUUUGAGCAACGGUGACGAAAAUAUUGCAACGAUUGACGCCCCACCUCCUGGUGAUUGGUAUGCGAUCGCUUUUCGCUCUUGGUCUGAUCCUGAUAAUGGAAAAAUUACCCAACAAGGAAUUGGUGUAUCUUGCGACACAAUACUUGAUGCCGAUUUAUCAGUCAAGUUUGCCGAUACUUUACUGGCUUUUGUCGACACAAAAAAAAGUAUUUCGAUACAUUUGAGUGAGAGAAAUGAUACUGCGGUUAUGCAGUUUCCAAUUUUCGAAGAGACGGAACGAAUGUUUCUCGAUUUAAAAUCAUCUUGUGGACCAGAAUGCACCGUCGUUGCUCACGUAACUGCCAGACAACACUUGGCGAGCAUUGCAAUGAACGGUUCGGAAACGAAGUUGUUAUUCAGCCCCUACGACAAGGAUCUCCAUUAUGUAACUCUUCGUCUUCUAACCGGAAAUGAGACAAACAUUUCCUUGAAGCUGACUGAAAGUUCAUCUUCAUUAAGAAAUCUAAGCUACGUAAGCCUCGUCAGAAAAUCACUGCCUGAUUUUUUUCUGUUCGAUUACGAACAUCUUCGGGAGAACAAAAAAGAAGCUGCGCCAAUGAAUCUCACUUCCGGAAUUCUGUCAAUUUUUAAAUUUGAGGUCGGGCCCAUUUAUGAUAUCGGUGGGACCUUGUCCAUCGGCCUUAAAGUGGCUGAAAAUCAAGCUAAGGAGAAGAAAAUUCUUCUUGUCGGCUGUGUUUCUUUAGGUUACAUUUCAAAUAUUACGCCGGGUGCUGGCUGUGUUCGGGAGGAAAAAACGAGUCCGCCAGAUAUUUUUGCGAACGAAACUAGUCCAUUUUUUAUUCACGUGCCUUAUCCUGAGCCAGGAGUUUGGUAUUUGAGCGUGAAAGCUUUUCAGGUCGAGGAAAAAUGUUCCUGUGCUGGGAAUUGCACAAAAAUUCCUUGUGAAAAUUGUGAUUGUAUUCAGGAUAUAGAUCUUAGGAUAGAGAGCAGUAUAUCGUCCUCGUCGUGCAUCGAGGGACUUUGCAACUCAAGAGGAAGAUGCAUUCAGUACAUGAGUGGCGGCUUCGUCUUCUCAGCUUGUCACUGUUUUUCCGGCUAUCGGGGUUUCGACUGUGAAGACGACACUUACGUCCUCGAGGAUGGAAAAAUUUUAAUCCGCGUUCUCACCCUGACUCUAAGCAACCUCCUAUUUUUGGGAACAAUCUACAUUGCGAUUCAUCGAGGAUAUUACACCGAAUCAAUCGCCUACACGGGCGUCCUAAUUUUCUCAAGCUUGUAUCACGCUUGUGAAGCCGGUGAAGAAAUCCACAGUUUCUGCAUCAUGCGACUGAGUGUCCUGCAAUUUUGUGAUUUCUUCAAUGCCCUAUUUUCGAUUUGGGUCACUCUAGUGGCAAUGGCAGGAUUCGGAAGCCGAUUGACUGCAUUUUUCCAAGUUUUUGGGGCCCUAGUUCUCGCAAUUUGCUCUGAAUUGGACCGGACAGCUCUUUGGGUUUUUCUUUUACCGACAAUAACGGGUUGUGGGCUGGUUGUCAUUUCCUGGGGAAUAAAGUGUCGCUCGAUGGGCAAUUUUCAGUAUCCGGCUCGACCUUACAGAACAUUGUAUUUGGGCCUGGGUUUGCUAUUAGUUAUUUUAGGGCUCAUUUGUUACGCGUUCUUUCAAACGAGGAAAAAUUAUUAUCUAGUUCAUAGUUUUUGGCACAUGUGUGUUGCCGUUGGAGUUAUGUUAUUGCUGCCAAAAAGAAAACAUAUGGAGUGGCAGUAG